AUGCUGGGCAUGUCCCUUUGGACUGCCCAGGCCAUGGAAAUUGGCUUGGAUAACAAAGAGGGCAACCAAGAAUACUGCACAGCAGGCAUGUACAGCCGAAGCAACUGGGGCGGCCCUGUCGACCCCUUCAUCCUCGUCAAGUUCCUCAACACCACCGCCAAGGGCAAAGAUCCCAUGACCAGCUUGGUCAUUUUCGAAUGGAAGGACAGGAGUCUGGUCGGCAUUCCGGAUACCGAGCUCGGCUACAACCGACUUGCUAUCUGCAGCGACGACUACGUCAAGGCCGGCAACUGCAACAAGACUGACGUUGGCAAAUUCGUCCUGGCAUCCGAUGCCUCUACGAAGUCCAAGAACCUCAUUGCCACCAAGGCUGUCCACUUGAAGGAGCCUGGCGCCGUCAAAUAUGCUAUCAAGAAGACCGGAUACUACUGUGUUGUCACGGACGGUUACAACACCGAAGAAUAUUCCGCUGUUGUCGAGUUCCGCAAUGCCUACGGCGAGCUUCAGGCUACGCAGAUCCCCAAGCUUCCCUUUUACGGCGGCAUCACCAUCUUGUAUGCCCUGCUCGCUGUUUACUGGGGUUUCCUUUACUACCAGCAUCGGCACGAUAUCUUGGCUGUCCAAAACUAUAUCACGGCUAUUUUGGUCUUCUUGGUGGUUGAGAUGGUUCUGACUUGGGGUUUCUAUGAUUAUCAGAACCGCCACGGCUCCAACAUCGGAGCCAAGGUCUUCCUCACCGUUGUAGGAAUCCUCAACGCUGCCAGAAACUCCUUCUCCUUCUUCCUGCUGCUCAUUGUCUGCAUGGGCUACGGUGUGGUCAAGCACACGCUGGGACGGACCAUGAUCUAUGUGCGGUGGCUCGCUGCCGCCCACUUCCUCUUUGGGCUCGUCUACUCUGUUACGAGUCUCGUUAUUACUCCCGAGACUGCUGGUCCCUUCGUUCUCCUCAUCGUGCUACCCCUUGCCGGUACCUUGACUGCCUUCUACGUGUGGACCCUAAACUCGCUCAACUUGACCCUCAAGGAUCUCAAGGAGCGAAAGCAGCAUGUCAAGGAGGCCAUGUAUAAGAAACUGUGGUGGUCUAUCCUCAUCAGCAUCCUCGUCAUCUUCGCCUUCUUCUUCUUCAACAGCUUCACCUUCGCGUCGGUCAACGACCCUGACUUCGUCCCCUUCCACUGGAAGACCAGAUGGUUCAUUCUCGACGGCUGGCUCAACUUGGUGUACUUCGCCGACGUCGCGUGGGUUGCCUAUGUCUGGCGCCCUACAGCCAACAACCGCCGAUUCGCUAUGAGUGACGAGAUUGCGCAAGAUGACGAUGGCAACUUCGAGAUUGGUGAUAUUGGAGUCCCUGGCGAGGACUCUGACGAUGAGGAGGCUCAGAUUGGCAAGCGACAGGAUGAGCCCCCGCCUUUCAACGCUCCCUCGGCUGCGGGAACGUCCCAAGCUGGUGGCCAGCAGAGGUCGAACCGACCUCUUCCUCGCGAGUCUCUGGACGGCGAGACCAUUUUUGCAGUUGGUGAGGACGGCGACAAGUUCUCGGACGAUGACAGUGACGACGAAGAAGACGCGAAGCUUGUACGAAAGAAAUAA